GCAGGAGGAAGAGGAGGGAUGGGGAUGGUGGCCAGCACCCUGCCCCGUGCUGGGAGGGCACCCCGGGUGCCGCCGUGGUGGUUGGGAGCGCAGCCCUUCCCCUAGGGCUGGUGCCGUGGCCUGCAGUGGGCCCCUCAUGCCCACUGGCCACCCUCAUGCCGGGGCCCGGGGGUGAGCCAGAGGAGAACAAGACCUACUUCCCCUUCUUCUCAGACUUCAGGGGCCGCAACGUGACGGCCCUGCGCAUCGGCGAGUCGUCCGCCCUGGCCUGCAUUUUCCUGCUGGCCUUGGCAGGAAACAUCUGGGGCAUCUGCCUGCUGGUACGGCAGCAGCACCGGCUGCGCGCUGCCAACUGCCUGGUCCUCAACCUCUUCUGCGCCGACCUGCUCUUCAUCACCGCCAUCCCCUUCAUCGCCGUGGUGCGCUGGACCGAGACCUGGGUGCUGGGCGACGUCGUCUGCCACAUGCUCUUCUACGUGGUGAGCCUCAGCGGCACCGUCAUCAUCCUCUCCCUCUCGGCCGUCAGCCUGGAGCGCGUCGUCAGCAUCGCCCGGCUGCGCCACGCCGCCCUCCGCCGCCGCAAGGCGCUGGCCGCCGCCCUCCUCCUCAUCUGGGGCAUCGCCGCCCUCGCCACCCUGCCGCUCUGCUGGUUCUUCAGCGUGGUGCGGCUGCCCGCCGCCGCCGGCGAGGAGAUUCAGAUUUGCACCUUGGUUUGGCCCAGCAUUGGAGGAGAAAUAGCUUGGGAUGUGACCUUUGCCACUGUUUUCUUUCUAAUACCAGGAUUAGUCAUUGUCAUCAGCUAUUCCAAAAUCUUACAGAUUACAAAAGCAUCAAGGAGGAGUUUAAAUGCUGGUUUAGCCUACUCAGAAAAUCAUAAGAUUCGUGUUUCCCAGCAAGACUACAAACUAUUCCGAGCCCUCUUUGUGUUGAUGAUCUCUUUCUUCAUCAUGUGGAGCCCAAUUAUAAUAAUUAUUCUUUUAAUUUUAGUCCAGAGUUACAAAAAAGAUUUCAAUAUCUUGCCAUCAGUUUUCUUCUGGAUAGCAUUAUUCACUUUUGCCAACUCUGCUGUCAAUCCAAUUUUGUACAAUGUUGCCUAUUUCAGACGUAAAUGUCAGGAAAUUCUUCUCUGUUGUACAGGGAACCCUGUAAGGCAUGGAGCUGGUACAGAAAGCACUGCAAGAAGAAGUAACCAUGAACAACCACAUUUGUCUUUCAUUACCAGAUAAUUAUUUAAAGUCUGUGCCACGCUUUGGAUGUUAAUAUGUACACUAUCCCAGGUUGAAUAGGUCAGUAUGUUAUAGUAUUAAAUGCCAGAGAAGGGGGGGAAAAAAGAGCUAAAUCUGUAUUUUUAAUUCCUGUAGGUAAAAUUCUCUUGACUUUACUGCUUUGCCUCAGUAAGGUUUGGACAAUUUAAUCCAAUGGAUUGAAUUUUCCACUUAAACUGAAAUAAAUAGGAAUAUGGCAGUGAACCUGGUGGAUGUAAAAUAGUUGAAAUAAGUACUUACCAGACAAAUUAAUUUUUAUGAGGGUACAUUUUCAGUUGGCAUAAAAGUCAUCAACUUUAAUGAAUUUAUAGAGAAUCUAUAUCAAGACGGCACCUGAUCCAUUUUUACUCUAUUUUCUAAUGAGUAAGAGAGACCAAUUUUCUCAUGAAAAUGUACAUCCUUGGAAAGCAGCUGCUCUUUUUUUUCAAUCUCAUUUUAAAAAGGCACUUAGAUAACUGACUUCCUGAACAUAGAUUUGGGCAGACUAACUGGUAUCGUCUAGGAAACAUGAUGAUAAACAUGUAUUAUCACCAAGUGAAUGAGAAAUUUGGUUCCAUCUCAAGUUAAAAAUAUGGACAUAAUGCCUGUUAAUUUAUAAAUAAAGAAUAAAUAAAUAAAUGUUUACUUGUCAUGUGUAAAAUAGUUCUUUAAAAAAGAUGCGUAUUUUUUAUAUCUUCAGUAGUCAUAUAAUAAAGUCAAUCAGUGACCUAUACAGUCACUGAAAUUCCUUCCUUCUUUCUAAAAUGCUAUCGGGAACGAUUUCCAGUAUUUCCUAGAAAAAGGUGACAUUGUAUUUGAAAAUAAAUUAAAAGUUUUAGAAAGCAAAUACAUAUAUUUUAGGUUUGGUUUGGUUUUUUUUUUAUUAAAACUCAGACAGAAAUUGAAACCACUAAAAAAAGAAAGAUUAUACUCUUAAUUAUUGCCAUCUGUCACCAAUUCAAAAUAGUGCAUUAAGAUAACGGUUUACUUAUAAAACCAAUGUCGACAUAGGUACAGAUGUGCAUACAAACAAUUUGCAUCCCCUGUAAUCCAAGUUUAUUAAAAUGUUUCAU